GACUGCUGCUGGAUUUCCCAAAGCCAUUUCCUGAAUCCCAGUCUGAGCCGGCUCCAGCGUAGGAACCUGGGAGGCCAGGGCGGAAAAAGGCUCCCCAGGAACCCUCCAGGGCUCCGGUAGCCACAUUUGCAGCCUCGUCUGUCUGUCCAGAACCUGCUCCCAGGCUGACAGUGAGCUACAAGAUGGGCUCUGAGCUGGAGACGGCAAUGGAGACUCUCAUCAAUGUGUUCCACGCCCACUCGGGCAAGGAGGGGGACAAGUACAAGCUGAGCAAGAAGGAGCUGAAAGAGCUGCUGCAGACGGAGCUCUCCGGCUUCCUGGACGCCCAGAAGGAUGCGGAUGCUGUGGACAAGGUGAUGAAGGAGUUAGAUGAGAAUGGAGAUGGAGAGGUGGACUUCCAGGAGUAUGUGGUGCUGGUGGCUGCCCUCACAGUGGCCUGUAACAACUUCUUCUGGGAGAACAGUUGAGCAGACGGCCCCAGUGGGCAGCGCCCUUCGCCUCCACCCUGCCAUACCUGCCCCUUCACCCUGCUUCCCCCUCACCCCACUUUUCCCUCCCCACCAACAAGGGCGCAAGAGUAGUGGGCCAGGCCUGCAACUCAUCUUUCAUUAAAGGCUCCUCUCUCACAAGC